AUGUCCAAACGCGCAGCUUUAAUGAUUAAACUGGCCUGUGAGAAACAAUUGGUGCUAGAUGAAGAAUAUGAAAAUUUAAUGUCUAUUGCCUCCUCCACAUUAAAUUCUUACCAGGAAAUGAUUGCCGGUACAAUGGAGGAAAUUAUGUCAGACUUAUCCGAUGAUGAAAUUAUUGAAGAUUCAGAAUCUGAAUAUGAACCUUCAAUAUCUGAUUCUAAUAGUAGUGAAACAAUUUCAGUAUGUGAGGUAUUUAAUAGUAUAGAUAAUCAUGAUGAUAAUGUUUCAUCAUCAAAUGUAACAAAUAUUUCAGAACUGGCAAGUAGAAAAAGUAGCAUCACAAAACAAGUUAAAUUAAUUCAGAGUUUAAAAGCUGGAAGCAAACAACGAAAAUGUCUUAUUCAGUCAUUGCGUAAGCAAGGAUAUUUUUAUUUAAAAACCGAAAAAAAUGUCCUUCAUCCAGUUAGGACAUCAAAUGAUCCAGAUGUAACAUAUUUUGUCUGUACUUAUUGCCUUGGUCAUUAUAGCAAAAAACUUUUACACAAGCAUGUUAAAAUUUGCAAAAAUAAACCAAAAGACGAAAAACAUGUGGGAAAACGUUGUUUAUCAAAAUCUCAAACCUUUAUGGCUUUAGUUAAUUCAAAAAAUGAGGAAUUUUUAAAAAAAUCUCGCAUAAAAGACGAGGUUUUUGGUAUAAUGCGCCCAGAUAAUAUUAGUUAUGUGGCUAAAAAUGAUGCAUUAAUAUGUUUAUAUGGAGAAUCAAUAUUAAAUAAACAUAAAAGAAAGCAAAUAAUAAAUGUUGUUUCAAAUAAAAUGAGGGAAAUGGGAAGGUUGCUUAUUUCUUUGCGAGAAACAGAACAUUUUGUUGGAUUAUUUGAUGUUCUAAAACCUGAGAUGUUUCAAACUUUAAUUAAUGCAACAAAACAAAUAAGCGGUUACGAUGCUAACGAAAAAUGUUUUAAAUCGCCAUCUCUUGUUCUUCAUAUGGGAAUAAAUUUAAAAAUCUUGUGUAAUAUUGGACUUAAAAUAGUUUUAGAAAAUAGAAAAAUGCAUAAUAUAGAUUGGACAGAUCGGGAUAAAAAAAAAGAAGAAAUUAAAGACUUGAAGAAAUUAAUUGAAGGUCAUUGGUGCAAUGAAUUAUCAAGUUUGGCUCUUAAAAAUUUAAAGGAAAAACAUUGGGAGAAACCUGUGGAAUUGCCAUUAAAUAGUGACAUACAGUUACUAAUUUCAUAUGUUGGAAAUUUAGCUGCGAAAUCUUUUAAUAACCUAAAUCAAAAUGUUAAUAUACUUUUAAACUUUAAAACUUUAUCUGAAUGUGUCUUAGUUGAAACUUUAAUGUUUAAUCGAAAACGAGUAGGUGAGAUUCAAUAUCUUAGGAUAGAAACUUAUAAGGUGGAUGUUAGUACUGUUAAUCAGGAAUCAUUUAUGGACUCUCUAACACAGGUGGAAAAAUUAAUCAGUAAAAGAUUUAAAAGAGUAAUUUCAGGCGGAAAAGGUUUUAAACCUAUUCCAAUUCUGUUUUCAAAUCGUCUUCAACAAUACAUUGAUUGUAUGUUAAAAACUAGAAAAAAAUAUAAUUUGGUACCAGAAUCUAACCCAUACCUCUUCGCCAAUUCCGAUUCAGAAAAUAGAUGGAUAAAUGGAGCAUAUGCAUUAAGAAAACUUGCAAAAAAAUGUGAUGCCAAACAACCUUCUUUGUUGACCUCAACAAAAUUUAGAAAACAUAUUGCUACAACCCUUCAAUUAAUGAGCAUGAAAGAUGAUGAAAUGGAACAAAUAGCGACUUUUAUGGGACACACCAAAAAAACACAUCUUGAAUUUUAUAGAUUGCCCCAAGACAUUUAUCAAACUGCAAAAGUAGCAAAGGUUUUGCUCCUGCUUGAAAAGGGCAGAGGAAAAGAAUUUAAAGGAAAAAGCCUAAAUGAAAUUGAAUUAGACACAAAUGUUUAUUGUUCUGAAAGUGAAACAGAUAUUGAAGAAGAAGAAGAUGAAGAAGAAAAAAGCUUGGCAGAUCGUGUAUUGGACAGUGUUAAGAUAAAAAAACAAGAAAUCAAAAUUCCAGAAUUUCAUCUUAUUCGGACGAAGAAGAUGUAA